GAGCGGCUCAUUCAUCUGCCUCACUCUCUAGUCAUGAGCUGUGGUGAAGAUGUGGUUCCUCCUUCUCCUCCUCUACAUAGCUCACAUUGAGCUGGUGUACCUACAAGGUGAUGUGAACAGGCUGAUUCUGAGAAAUAAGAAUGGAAGGAACCCGUGUGAAGGCCACAUUGAAAUCUACCAUAAUGGUGUCCAAGGCUACGUUGGGGAUAAAUAUUGGAGCAAUAAAACUGAAGAAGUGGUGUGCAGGAGCACUCACUGUGGGUCACCAGAGUCACGAGAUCAUAGUACGGACGUACUAAAACCUAAGGGGAGCAAAGUGUGGCUCAAUGAAUUGAAAUGCGAGGGAAACGAGAGUCAACUGUGGAACUGUAAAAAUCCUGGUUGGGGCGUCAGCAAGUGCUACCGAGAUACAAUUAAAUGGAUUAAAUGUUCAAAUGAAAUCAAUAUAAUGCUGGAGGGAUAUGAAUGUGCUGGAAUGGUCAAGUACUCCAGCGUCAAUGAGAGGGGUUACUUCUGUUCUAAUAACUGGGGAAACGAUCAAGCAAAUCGUUUAUGUAAAAACCUUGGGUGUGGUGAAUCCAAGGAGAUUCCUAAGAAGGAAUGGAUGGAUUUUAGCCAAAUAAAAACCUCAAAGAUGAUGAUGAUCGACUGUUCAGGCCUUAAUGAAACUAAUCUGUGGCAGUGUGCAGCUCAAAAGGAAAAACAGAAAUGUGAAACCCCUGCUACUGUCAUCUGCACAGGUUUUAUGAGACUGCAACUCAAAGGAGAUGAAGCAAGUGUCUGUUCUGGAAUGCUUGAAAAGGAGGAGGAUGGUGGCUGGAAACCCGUUGACAGCAGCAGCAAAAGCACUCCUGAUGUGUGGUGCAAACAAAUGGACUGUGGUACCAAUGUCAGUAACAGUUUUAAGGGUAGGACACAUCAUCUGGAAUGCUCAGACAAGGUUCAAGUAGUUCUGAAGGACAGUCGUAAAAUCAGCAAGUGCUAUGGUGAAGUUCAUAUUCAAGUGAACGGUUCAGAUUAUCCUGUGUGCGGCUCCUCUUGGGACCUUAAGACUGCUGGAGUGGUUUGCAAGGAGCUAAAGUGUGGGGCAGUGGUUGAUCAAUAUACACGUUCAGGAACACAAAGUGGCAUCAUGGACAAUGUGGAGUGCACAGGCAAUGAGUCGUCACUGUGGCACUGUAGGGGAAAGCAUAACAAAAACGCUUUCCAGUGUCCGAAAAAAGCCUUCGUAGUCUGUGCAGAGAGUGUGAAGGUGAGAUUGGCGGAUGGUCCUGGACGGUGCGCUGGGAGAGUGGAGAUAGAGCAUGAGGGCAAAUGGAAAAGGGUUUCUUCAGAAAAAUGGGAAGCCGUCAAUUCAAAUAUUAUCUGCAAUGAACUGGACUGUGGGGGAGCAAGAUCUGGCAACUCUGAAACAUUCAGCGAGGGUUCAGCUGAGUUCUUGACUAAAAGUGUAUCCUGCAGCAGUGGAGCCUCUCGUAUACAUGAGUGUAUUAAAGCGUCCACAAGCUCUUCACGCCCUGAGAAUUCAAUGAUGAUAACCUGUGAAGGUCACAAGGUGGUAUUUCUGAACAAUACCUGCUCUGGCAUGGUGGGGAUACAGCACGGCAGCAAAACCUACUGGCUCUCCGGGUCUAACAACACAUGGAACCAAGAGUCUGCACACACUGUGUGCAAGCAGAUGCAGUGCGGGGAUGCCUACCCCUAUGAAUACAUCCCUAGUGCUGAUAUGAAGAGAAAUGUUUGGCAAGAAUCUUAUAACUGCUAUCCCAACAACACGUCUCUGUUUGACUGUAAAAAAAAUAAGACACUGCCAUCUGACCACAAUGACAGUAUUGCUGUUGUGAAAUGCUCAGGAGCUAUCAGUGUGAACCUGACCAAUGGGUGUUGGGGGACUGUCAACGUUUGUGUGGGAGGGAAGUGUGGAGGUGUUUGCAAAGACUCCUGGACAAAAGAAAAGUCUGUGAUGUUGUGUAAAGACAUCGGCUGUGGGAAUAAAAUCCUAAGUUCCAGUCAAAAAAAUGAAGCUGUCCCAAUCGUUCGGAGUCUGCACACCACGACGCACACUACCAAUCUGAGCCAGUGCAACUUCAUCAAAAAUGAUGAAUAUGGUCCAAACGUUAAUUUCAGAUGUGAACUAGCCAGUGUCAUUUGCUCAGACAGUGUCAAGGCCCGAAUUUCUGCUUCCAGGCACAAAUGUUCUGGAAAUGUGGAAGUGCACUAUGAAGGCACGUGGCUCCCAGUGUGCAGUGAUGCUCUUAAAGACCAAAAAACACAAAAUGCCAUCUGUGAGGAAGUGAACUGUGGCCAUGCGGUCAAACAGCUUAACUACUUCGGACCUACAUCAAAAAUAAAAAAUGACAUUACACAAAUACAGUGUUCCAAUAGUGACAUCAAGUCAUUAACAGAAUGUGACAUUGUUUCUGAGAAGCACGGCGACUGCCCUCUUGCUGGACUCCAGUGCUCCAACUGGAGUAAGAUGGAGCUGAAAUUUGACGGGGCCUGUAGUGGAGCUGUGUUUGCUCACUCGGAGACAGGCAGAAACGCCGUCUCCAUUGAAGGCUGGACAAAAACUGAGAUGGACAAGCUUUGCAACAAUCUGGAAUGUGGCAACUUAAAGUCAAACAGGACAUAUGUAUCAGAUCAAGAACAAAGUCAAACGUUGCCCUCGCAGAAACAGCAGAAAGAGCAGCUGUGGAUUGAAUGUCAAGAUGAGCCCAAGGUCACACUUUCAAAGAAAUGUGGUGGUGAAGUGAGGAUGAAUAACAUUAGAGUGUGCUCCAGUAACUGGAACCUGGACUAUUCACACAUGGUUUGUCAACAACAGGACUGCAGCAAUGCUAUUAACUUUACUAUUAAAACAACAACAAUAACGCAAGAUAAAUCCCACCAUGUCAGCUGUGAGGGCUACCACCACAGACUUGGCCAAUGCAGCAGAUACGAGGACAAUUGUGAUGGUGGACUGGUGUCUGUUUUCUGUGUUGGCAGUGUCAAGGUCAAUACCACAGAAAAAUGUGGAGGUGUAAUUCAAGUCAAUUAUAUCAAUGACAAGUGGGAAGAAGUGUGUCACCAAACAUCUAACGAUCAUCUUAACAAAUUGCUGUGUAAAGAGCUCGGUUGUGGUGAUCCCAGAGACAAAAAACCCCAGAAAAAACAGAAAAGUAACCGAAAGAAAUCAAAGGUUACACUAGAAACAGCACUGAAUUGUACGAAGGAUCAUAAGGACAUUAAGUACUGUGUCAAUCGAUUGCGGUGUGAUACAGAAAAACCAGCUGAGAUCUACUGUGAAGGGUAUGUUGACAUAAUAGAUAAAGAUAAACCCCAAUCAACCCCCGUAGUGCCUAUUAUCCUGGGAGUAGGAUUUCUUCUGUUUCUGGUGAUACUGAUUGUUGUAUUUGUACGAGUCUACAUUGCCAAGAAAGGAAAGAAGUCCAUGAAUGUCCCGUCGAGAAUGUUCUCAAGACAAGAACCAGACCUAGAGUUUGAUAGCGGCGACUAUGAGGAUGUCACAAACAAAGCAAAUGAAAUGGAAGACUUCAGUCGUGGCAGGUUUAGAUCAGAGGCUGAAGUCAUCAUGGAGAGCGACGCGCGGAGCACUUCCUCUUUGCCUUACGAUGAUAUUGAUGAAGUGGUUGAGACUCUGCCGUUGACCUCUCAGGCCUCAGGAGGCCGCUACAUCCAUGAUGGCGCCCUAGAUCAGAGCUCAGACGGGGUGACCUACGAGGUGGAUGAUCCACAGGAGAGUUACGAUGACAUUGAAGCCGGCCCUGAAAUCACUCAGACUGAAGCUGAAGUCCACGACAGCCACCAAACCACACCUGAAAGUGUCACAGCCACACCUCCGGGGUUGAUGCAGAAGGGGGACGAGGACUACCUGGUGCCAGGCCAAGAUGGGUGAGGAAAAAACAGGUCUAAUCUGGAAAAGUGGAUCACCCCAAAACCCACCUCUUUUUUUUUUCUUUAAUGGCAAAACUAUAUAAUUGCAUCCCUAGAAAUUGAAUCAACCAUAAUCUGAAAUACUGACAAUGUCAAGUCAGACAAGAUUGUACCGUUUAUGAAAAGGCAAACAGACAUGUUUUACAGUCUUACAUGUUCCCUGUAUACACAGAAAAUGUAAUCUAAUGUGUACUGCUGAUGUGCGUACACUCCAGUGAGACUAAGUUUGCUCUAUCUGUGUAUUGUUAAAUGUACAAAUUGUUGGCCUGCCAUCAAAUCACAGGUAAGAAACAUUUAUUUCUCGUUAAAUGUACAGUAGAGUGAUAAGAACAUUUCUUUUUUUUCCUGUCUAAAGUUACUGACUGCUUUCUGCUUGUAUGCAACAUACCCAGAAUGUUUUACAAUCAUAUAUAUUGUUUUUUUGAUUCAGCAAAAAUGUAAGAAAAAUCUUAUCUUAUCGCAUAUUUAGUAGUAAAGCUUCUAUCAUUUCCGCAAUAUUUUAUGAGAGAUUACUUUUGCAGUAGUGUGUCAGUGUACCUGUCCAUUGCAAUCAAUCCAAACAACUAUAUAAGCAAGGCUUCUAGUAGUCAUAAAAUUAGCUCCAUAAGAAAAAAUGAAAUAAAUGUUUUAUGAAUCAAACUCCUCUUAUAACAUGGCUGACACAGCAAACUCAGGUUAUAUUAGCACAUGGUUACAUUGUAUAUUUUUCAAUUUAUAGGCUUUGUAAGAAUGUAUAACAUGAGAUUUCACUGUCACACAUGUUUUUGUACAGCAAUAGUUUAUUAUAUCAAGAGAUUGAUAUCACUCUCAUGUGUACGCUAAAUAUGAACCAUCUUAUGACUCCAGUUUUAUAUUUAGCUUACAGGUAUGACUUUUUAUCUAACUUUUGGCAAGACAUUUAAAAAUAUUGAUUAAAAAUGUUUAUAAUGUACUGUUAGCACUGGUUGUCAUAUUUUAUUAUUUGAGUGUCUUCAACAACAGUGUAGGUGUUGUCAAAUUAUACUUAAAGCUGCAGUAGGUACCUUGUACAAAAAUUACUUUUUGUCAUAUUUGCUGAGACUUUCACUAUAUCCUGACAGUAGAAAAUGAGACGGAUAAUUGUUAUUGCAAAUGCCAUCCUAGAAGCACUAGGAGGAGCCAGAGGAACCUGAUUUUUUCUGUCUCAUGUUGUACUGUCAGGAUAUAGUGAUCAUCAACAAAAAACCUGUUAACUGUCACUUAUGAUGUCGUUCAUGGUGUGUUAUUUUUAAUUCUUGUAAAGUUGCUGUAUAUCUUGCUACUGCAAGUUACACUUCAAAAUUCAAUACAGUCAAUGCAUGUUAGCAUCAGCCGUGCAGCAAUUAUUUUAUCUUAUGGCACUGGAGCAAUGAUUAUUUGUAUGUCUGUAUGGAAUAUCUGUAGCAUGUGUGAGCCUUGUGAUAAUAGCAGUUUUUUGUAGAAACAUUAAAUUCUUUACAGAGA